AUGCUCCGCCGCGCCGCCCCUACGACGGCCGCACUCUGCCGUCGCGCGCUCUCUACCACGCCAUCCUUCUCCCGCACCGCCGCGGCAACGGCGGCGGCCUCCUCCUCUGCCGUGAACUCCAUCCUCCUCCGCUCGCUCAAGGAGCACUACCUCGAGGUCUGCAAGAUGACGCCGCCGCCCAAGGUCAGCCCGCCCGAGCCCUUCACCAUCGUCAAGGACGCCCUGGACCAGCCGUCGGGACCCGUGCUGCGCCGCGAAUACGGCGACGACGGCGAGGAGAUCUCCAUCUCCGUCGCCAGGCUCGCCAACAUCCUGCCCGCCGGCGCCGACUCUGACUCGGAAGGUACCGGCGAGGGCGGUGGGAUGAGCGCGUCCAUCAGCCAGCUCUUCCUCCAUGUUGAUAUCUCCAAGCCCAGGACAGGAAAGUCGAUGCAGUUCCUUUGCGGGCUGUACCCGGACGCCCUUGGGAUCCAUUCGGUCUGCCUCCGGUCGAAGAACGCCGAGUCGUUUGACGGGGAUAUGGCUUCGAAGGGCGGUGGAGAGUACCGAGGGCGUAUUUUCCAAGAGUUGGAUGAAAAGGUUCGUGAUGCACUCCAUCUUUACAUUGAAGCCCGAGGCAUAAAUGAGAAGCUCUUCCGUUUUCUCCAAGCUUGGCUUUAUGUAAAGGAUCACCGCAAUCUUAUACGCUGGUUCAAGAGUGUUGGUUCAUUCAUCAGUGAGCCAAAGCCAAAAUGUACAAUAUUCACAUAUAUUACUUCGCAUCAACUUAUCCAAGUAUGCCUGCAGAUUCUGAAAAGCAAAACAGUGUCAAGAACCCCAUGCUGA